UCCCAUCAAAUCAAUUGAGCUCAUCAUGGCGUUCGGGUAGCAGGGGCGAGUCUCUCUUGCUUUCGCUUUUCUGUAAUAAAUCGGAAAAUCUUUUAAGCAAUUAUAUAACAGGUUUGAUAUAUCCGGCUUCAGGCGAAGAAGCUCUGUUUGUCAGGCCCUGUGUUGUGUGAAAAGAAAUAAAUUACGGAAUUUGUGAAGAAGAAAAAAAACCGAUUGUUGGAUUUUGGUGGAUCCAUUCUCAAGUAGUCAAAGUCUGGGAGAGAUUUGUUAGGAGCGGAGGGGAGGGGGUGAACCAUCAGGCCCUCAGUAGAGUGAUGGCCAUAAUAUGGUGAAAGAGGCAUGGAAGUGACGUGAUCCAGUUAUUGCACCCUGACAAGACUCGCCAUGCAAUUACUGCAUUUGUUAUAGCGUUCCAUGAAGAGCCCAGCAAUGGAUGAAUCGGCCCUGUUGGACCUGCUGGAGUGUCCUGUUUGCUUAGAGCGCCUUGAUGCUACUGCAAAGGUCUUGUCGUGUCAGCACACGUUCUGCAAGCGAUGUCUGCAGGGUAUUCUGAAUUCCAGGAGUGAGCUGCGCUGCCCAGAGUGCAGGACUCUGGUGGACUGCAGUGUGGAUGAUCUCCCCAGUAACAUCCUCCUGGUCCGACUGCUGGAUGGCAUUAAACAGAGGCCGAGGAAACCGGGGGCGGGCAGCAGUGGCAAUGGCACCAACGGCCAUAGCAGCAGCAGCAGUAAUGUGGCGCGGACACAAAGCAGUGCCAUACGAGACCUCCAAGGGAACCAGAACGGACAGCAGCAAAGGAUGCAGGCAAGGAGCCCUCCAGUCAGAGGUGUUCCUCAAUUGCCUUGUGCCAAAGCAUUGUACAACUAUGAUGGCAAAGAGCCUGGAGACCUCAAGUUCAGCAAGGGGGAUAUCAUCAUCCUGCGCCGGCAAGUGGACGAGAACUGGUACCACGGGGAGAUCAACAGCGUCCAUGGCUUCUUCCCAACUAACUUUGUUCAGAUCAUCAAACCCUUACCUCAGCCGCCACCGCAGUGCAAAGCUCUCUAUGAUUUUGAAGUAAAGGACAAGGAAGCAGACAAAGACUGCCUGCCUUUCUCCAAGGAUGACAUACUAACAGUGAUUCGUCGAGUUGAUGAGAACUGGGCAGAAGGAAUGUUAGGAGAUAAAAUAGGAAUCUUUCCUAUUUCUUAUGUUGAGUUUAACUCUGCCGCAAAGCAGCUACUUGAGUUGGACAAGCCCUCUGGGUCCGGGGAUUCAGGUGAGGGGACAUCAGCGGCCGGUCAAAGCAAUGGCACCCAAAAGCACCCAGACGCCAAGAAGAACACCAAGAAACGGCAUUCGUUUACCUCUCUGACCAUGUCUAACAAGUCGUCGCAGGCCUCCCAGAACCGGCAUUCCAUGGAGAUCAGCGGCCCUGUCCUCAUCAGCUCCAGCAACCCCACAGCAGCCGCUCGCAUUGGGGAGCUGGCUGGGAACCUCUCCUGCAGCGCGCCUUCUCAGGUCCAUAUUGGCACAACUGGGUUGAUUGUGACUCCUCCUCCUAGCAGUCCUGUCACCACAGCAGCGACCUUUACUUUCCCAGCAGGAGAAAUCACCUGCUCAGCAGUACCAGGGGAUAGCCUCCCCCCUCCGCCACCUCCCCCUCCUAUUGCUGCAGUGGUAGCCUCCACUUCGGCAGCCUCUGCUUCAGCAGUAGGGCAGAGACCUACCCCUGGACCUGCUGAGCAGGCUGCACACGCCAGGACACAGCAGCGCCCCACUGUGUACGUUGCUAUGUUUCCUUACACCCCUCGGAAGGAGGACGAGCUGGAGCUGAGGAAAGGAGAGAUGUUUCUAGUGCUGGAGCGUUGCCAAGACGGGUGGUUUAAGGGAACAUCCAUGCACACAGGAAAGAUUGGUGUUUUCCCUGGAAACUAUAUGGCUCCAGUGACAAGAAAUGGUUCAGGUACGACUCAGUCAAAGGUGCCCUUAGCUGUCGUCUCUCAGGUGGGCCGGGGAGUGACACUUGUGAGCCCCUCCACCAGUGCGACUGGAUCUCAACAGAAGCCCCCAGGCAGCAGUGGCCCAGAUUGCAACAAAACCCUGAACUCCAACACGGUCCCAACAGCCGUGGUGUCGGCAGCACACAUCCAGGCCAGCAACCAACAGACGAAGGUCCUGGUGCAUGUGACCGGACAAAUGACGGUCAACCAGGCCCGCAACGCAGCUAGAACCGCUGCGGCACACAGUCAGGAGCGGCCCACAGCAGCAGUGACGCCUAUCCAAUCUCAGAGCCCUGUGGCCUACAUCACUACUGUCUCUGUACCCUCUCAUAUCCCUGUCUCUGCUCAGCAGCUCCCAGCUCAGGCUGUCUACACCAUUCCUCCCACAGUGACCUGGCCCACCAUUCCGCUGAGCUGCACCACUGCCUCCCUCACACCCCCCAAUGUCAACGCCACCUCUCUGGAUAGUGAGGGCCUCCUCAGGCCCGUUGCCAUGGUAGCAGUCCCUAUCACUCCCGUGAGCGCGCUGCCCGCCGGGACUGCCAUGGUGAACAGACUGGAAAAGGACAAUAAGAAGGAGAAGAAAGGUUUGUUGAAGUUACUUUCCGGAGCCUCGACAAAACGAAAGACCCGUUCUUCCCCACCAUCCUCUCCCACACUGGAAUCUGAGCAGGCAGCCGCUGAGGUGCUGCAGGGAGCGAUGGGUCUGGAGGUCUCCUCUGUCACAGGUAACCAUGGGCGGGCAGUCUCCUGCCCUGUAGAUUCAGAGGCUGCAGGGGCGGCAUCCUGUGAAACAACACUACACCGCAAGACCAGCUCCCUGGACUCCAGCGUACCCAUCGCUCCUCCUCCCAGGCAGCCUUGCUCCUCCAUGGCCUCACUCCAGCAGGAGGCCAGGCCCAUUUUGUGUGAAAGGUACAGGGUUGUGGUGUCCUACCCUCCCCAGAGCGAGGCGGAGCUAGAGCUCAAAGAAGGGGACAUUGUUUUUGUGCACAAGAAGCGAGAGGACGGAUGGUUCAAAGGCACACUCCAGAGAAAUGGAAAGACUGGCCUGUUCCCCGGCAGCUUUGCAGAGAGCAUCUGAAAUGACAAACUAAAUGACCAAGAUGAACCCUGCACACAAUAUUUAGCACAGAAGCAUAUAAACUUUGCAAAAAAUAUAUAUAUAAAACUGCUGAACACCAGAGCACAAUCUACCAGAAACGCGGAGAACCUGUUUUUUUUUUUAUUAUUAUAAUUUUGUAAUUUGUGCCUUGUACUGUUUUUCACUUUAUUGUAUUUAAUCAAACACUUUAAAAAUAGUCACAAAAAAUCUAACUGGUUACAGUGAUAAUAUAAAUAACUUAUUGGAUUUUUUGUUUUCUUUUAAGAAAAGAGCUUGUGUUCAUUUUAUGUAUUAAAAGCUGUAGAAUUUUUAGAAUUUGGAACAUGUUAAUUUAUAAAGUUCUGUCUGAGGAGAAGCUGGAUUAUCUCCUUUUCACUCGAGUGCCACACUUACCUCUUAUAACAGAAGCAUCCCCAUAUUUCACUGCAGUCACCAGUGAUGUUUGAAUUGAUUUAAGUGUAAUUCAGAUUGUGUUUGUGGAUUUGUGAUAAUGUCAUCAGCAUGUGUUUAGGUAAUGACGGUGAACUAAAAGUAUAGGGCAUAGAGGUUUGGCAGAAAUUUUCAGCCAGUCUAUUUUUUUUCUUCUAAUUUAUAGGAUAAUACUACAGACUUUAUUAUGUAUGAUUCAGAUUAAAACCUAGAGCCACCACUGUCAGGAGGAUGUACCAAAAUGUGUUUGCGCUUGAUUUUUUUUAAAAAUAUAUUUAUUCCACACAUGACAAAAGCACAGUGAAAUAUUCCUGCAAAUUUCCAUGAGCUGCUUAUUUUUAUUUUUUUUUCUGAGCACACAUCUCUGAAGGCAUUCCCUUUAGUGAUGCAGAACAAAAAAAUAUAGGAUAAACGGAAUACACAGUAACUUAGGAGAUGGUUUUGUAAAGAUGUUCCACACUCGAAGGAAGCCUGUAAUUCAUGUAAGUCUUCAUGUCUUGUGGGUUAUUGAGUUUACCUUUCGUUGUUCCAUUCUGAACCAUUGAAUUGCUUCUACAAAAUGCACACACUGUUCUCCAGACAAACCUUGCACAACCCUGGUUGGAUCAUAGCCGAACAAACUGUGUCCCCACAACCGGGUCUUAACAGCAGUGUGGCGCUGAGUAAUUCUAUUCAAUGAAAACUAAUUGAGUCAUGCAUGAUUGACAGAAUGACUUGAUGGAGCAGGGAUUUUAAUAACCUUGGCCUCCCCAAGCUCUGGCUCAGCAUUUACGAUUUUAAAAGAUGUCUGGAAAUGGUUCCGAAAAUAACCAUAUUAGCUGUUGACCUCCAGUAAGAUUAUAUGAAGUUAGCUGAGUGUAUGCAGAUAGCAUAGUGUAGAUUUAAGAGGAUAUCUAAGCAAUUUAAUAAUCAUUUUUAUUUAAAAAAAAUAAAAGAAAAAAAACAUGCCAAGCAAAGACUUUAUUGCUCUGAAAGUACUUCUGUGUGUUGGUGGUGAUUUUUUGUUUUUGUAACUGUUGUCAAAGCAUGUGUAUUAAUGACUCCACAGUGUCCUUGGAACUGUGCAUGUGAUGUAUAUUUUGUUGCUGUGUUCCAUGUUUUGAUGUUCAGUGCCCAUAUUGACACACAUAAGCAAAAACAACUGAGCCUGAAGUUCAUAUCUGCUGUUCACUCACAACUGUUUCACUGAGCAGUGCGUUGUAGUGAAUUAUUUCAAAAGUGCUGUUGUGUGUUUUUUUUUUU